GCGGGGCGAGACGGGAAAAGUUCCGGGAAGGCCGGUUGUCGCUCCCGCUACGCGCAGAAGUUCGAGGUGCCCGGGUCCCCAAGAAGGUCCACAGCCAUGUCGUCUGGGGACGCGAGGUCUGGCAGACAGAACGGCGCCCCGCGCGCGGCCGCCGCGCUCUGUAGCCUGUACCACGAGGCCGGCCAGCAGCUGCAGCGCCUGCAGGACCAGCUGGCCGCGCGCGACGCCCUUAUCGCGAGCCUCCGCACCCGCCUGGCGGCCCUGGAAGGGGACACGGCGCCGUCGCUCGUGGACGCGCUUCUGGAUCAGGUGGAGCGCUUCCGUGAGCAGCUGCGGCGGCAGGAGGAAGGAGCCACCGAGACGCAACUGCGCCAGGAAGUUGAGAGACUAACUGAGCGACUGGAAGAAAAAGAGAGGGAGAUGCAGCAGCUGAUGAGCCAGCCUCAGCAUGAGCGAGAGAAGGAAGUUGUCUUGCUUCGGAGAAGUGUGGCAGAGAAGGAACAAGCCAGGGCUGCCAGUGACAUUCUGUGCCGCUCCUUGGCUGAUGAGACCCACCAACUGCGCAGAACAUUGGCUGCCACUGCCCACAUGUGCCAGCAUCUGGCCAAAUGUCUGGAUGAACGACAGCACGCACAGGGAGAUGUUGGGGAGAGAAGCCCGGAUGAGCUAGGGCAUACAAGCAGCAAUGCUUCUGACAAGAGUGUUGUUGAGAAGUUACAGGAAGAAAAUCGACUAUUAAAACAAAAGGUGACUCAUGUAGAGGACCUCAAUGCUAAGUGGCAGCGCUACGACGCCAGUAGGGAUGAAUAUGUGAAGGGGUUACACGCACAGCUGAAGAGGCGGCAAGUCCCUCAUGAGCCCGAGCUGAUGAAGAAGGAGAUUUCUAGGCUUAACAGACAGUUGGAGGAGAAAAUAAAUGACUGUGCCGAAGCAAAACAGGAGCUGGCAACCGUGAAGAUGGCCCGGGACACUGCGCUGGAGCGAGUGCAGAUGCUGGAGCAGCAGAUUCUUGCUUACAAGGAUGACUUCAAAUCAGAAAGGGCAGAUCGGGAACGAGCUCAUAGUAGGAUUCAAGAACUGGAAGAAAAGGUCAUGUCCUUGAUGUCCCAAGCAUCUCAGAGACAGGACUUCCGGGAGCCAGGACCCUGUCGGAAUCAUUCGGGGAACAAAACUGCCAAGUACUUAGAGAUGGAUGCACUGGAGCAUGUAGCACCUAGUGGCUGGAAGCCCGGGUCUGGGUCCCAACAGAUGGAACUUCCUGAGGGUGGGCAUGUUUAUACUGCCCAUAGAGGUCAGGGUGACCUUCAGUGCCCGCACUGCCUGCGGUGCUUCAGUGAUGAACAAGGCGAGGCAUUCCUCAGGCACCUGUCCGAGUGCUGCCAAUGAGCCAGAGCCACCAUGCCUAUUGCAGCCCCUGACUAGCAUAACUGCUCUAAGGGAUUGGGUAGGUGUCCUUAGACUUAGUCCUCAACUCAGUAUGUUGCAUUCUAGUGGGAUCUAUGGUUACAUAAGGGCAGGGGCACUGAUAGGUCUUUUUUUUUUUUUUUUUUGGCUUGGCCGUGGAUCAGAUGGAACUAUUGGCAGAUCAGAGGGAAGAGAUGGGAUAUCAGGGGCAUCAGGUGGAGUUUGUACCCUAGCUGUCAAUUCAAAGCUGCAAACUAUCUGGUAUGGGAUUACCCAGAGGCCUGCUUGCACCUAGAGUUGUGUUGCUUUGCUGGAAGAAGCUGCUGUGGGAGCAGGGUGUCCACUCCAAGGUGGGAGUUCUGUCCUGUUGUGUAGUGAGGUGUCUCACUCCCAGACUGGUCUGUGCUGUACUAGUUGCAAGUUCACUAGGGUCUUCCCAGACAUAACAGUCACACCGAUGCACCCAGUACCAUCACCAUGCAAUAACACCUAUAUUUCCAGAAGUGAA